GAUCUCAAAUGCUGAGCAGUGAAAAGAGACUGAAUAACCCGUUUAUGAUCUGUCUUUAUUCCGUAUUCAUGGAAUCUGAUUAUCAUCACCUCUCAUUAUCAUCACCUCUCAUUACUUUUACCCCUUACCCCAAACAAAAUGAAAUGAUUCCAUAAUGAAAAGGGUGAAGGAAAUAUCAUGUUUAUUUCAAUUGAGCAGACAGGCAUGGAUCAAGCAAAUUGAAGACAGAUGAACAUAUGAUCCACAAUAUACUGGGAGAGGAUAAAUGGAUUUUUAAUGAUUUUCAGCAACCACAUUUAUCCCCUCCUGUUACUAGUGAGAAAAAUGUCUGCAGAUAACCAGUGGUCAGCAGAUGAGGAAGAAGGCCAACUCUCCCGACUGAUCAGGAAAUCUAGGGACUCCCCCUUUGUCCCCAUAGGAAUAGCAGGCUUUAUGACUGUGGUGUCCUAUGGUCUUUACAAGUUAAAGUACAGAAAAGAUCAGAAAAUGUCCAUCCAUCUUAUUCACAUGAGAGUUGCUGCCCAAGGAUUUGUUGUAGGAGCUGUGACUCUAGGUGUUCUCUAUUCUAUGUAUAAAGAUUACAUCAGACCUCGGUUCUUCAGUGUGUCCAAAAAAUGAAGCUACAUCUAAGAUAAGAAGCCUUCUGAAAACUAUUCAUUAUGAAGAAUUCUCAAUAUAUAGCAAAUUAUACUGCAGAAGAAUGAGACAGGAUUCUCAUACCCUUGUAUAGUAAGUCUCAAUUGUUUACAAAGUUGAUUUCCAAAUCAAAAAUCACAGUCAACUCAACGCCUGGGUGGCUCAGUGGGUUAAAGCCUCUGCCUUCAGCUCAGGUCAUGAUCCCAGGGCCCUGGGAUCAAGCCCCACAUCGGGCUCUCUGCUCAGCAGGGAGCCUGCUUCCUCCUCUCUCUGACUGCCUCUCUGCCUACUUGUAAUCUCUGUCUGUCAAAUAAAUAAAUAAAUAAAUCUUUAAAAAAAAAAAUUUCCUUGUUGUCUUUCAGAACCUAGGAUAGGAUUUUCUGACUUUUAGAAUUUUUACUUUCUAGUUAGUGGCAGAAAAUAAUCUAUAUUAUGCCAAACCAAUAUGAAAAUUAGAAUUUAUAAUAGUG